UUGAUGCAAGAGGUGAGGCUCAUGCUAAUUAAACAGAGAGGCUUAUUUUUUUUUUCUACAUUUAAUAUUUGAAGGUUAAGUAUAUGGUGUUGUGAAGAGCAUUGAUGUAAAACGUGCAGUGUUAUAUCUAUGAGAACCCAAAUGUAACUCGGAGAACUCACCCUCAGUGAUGGACCUUCUCAUAAAGCUGUGUCUGCUCAUAGCUACUUCUGCCCUUACUCUUGCAGAUGUUCAGUUUUACGUUCCACAGUUAACACUUACAAAAAUGCUGGGAAAAGUAACACUCACAAGUUUUGUGUUGGAUCAACCACAGUGUAUUUUUAACCAGUAUCCAACAAAUGACGUUUGGUUGGUCAUUGCUCUGGACAAAGUUGUACCGGACAUAACUGACACAAUGCUCAGUACUCCCUCCCGCUAUGCUUUAUUUGCACAAAAUCGAACUGAAUACUAUCAUAUUCUUCGUGUGCGUGGAGCGGAUUACCCUUGCACUGAUACACAGACUAAUAUAUAUACUUUUUUAAAAGUUGGAGCUCAAGUUAACUGCACUGAACCUACAUUCUGUAAUGGACCUUUAACUCUUUUUGGACCAUACAGGGUGAAAUUUGUUAUACUAAACAGCACUGGUUUAGUCAAUGCAACACGCUGGUCUGAAAAAAUUCCCCUGCGAACAGCAAAACCUUACUCUGACAUUGACACCUUUCCAGCAAAGCGCAGUGCUGGUAUGAUUGUCAUCACAGUCAUCCUCUCAGUUCUUCUGGCCAUUUUGCUGAUUUGCCUCAUUGCUGCUCUCAUUGUUGGAAGCAAAGACAUCUGCUGGUGCAGAGAGAUUGACAAUCGAGAGAGCAUAUUUCCAGAUAAAGAACCUAAUGUGUUUUAUAUAAUGAACUACAAAACCCAUCAUAUUAAAUAUAGGAACAUGUAACACUAUUAUAAAUGGUUGACUGCUUGUCAGUUAUGUAGGUUAAUAGUAAAGGGACUUAAAAGGGCACUAUUAAAAUGCUUUACUGUGCUAAUGCAUUUAAUUAUUGCUUUAUUGCUUCCAUAAAAUUAUGUGUUUAACCCUGCAAAAGGGUCAGCUCUGGAGUAGCAGUGUGCUGAGCUGAUCAUUGCUGGUGAUUGGCAGCUACGCAUAUGUGGCCCCUCCUUUGCUUAGUAGCUAUGUUCAGCCAGUAUUGCUUUGCUGGUCUGGAGAAAAUUUUAACUAUGUGUUUAACCCCCUUAAAGUGCAAUAAAAAAAUGCUCUUGCACGUUUUUGAAUUUUAUUAUCGCACUUUAAAGUCCCUUUAAAUGUAUACAAGAAUUUUCACAGAAGAGAAUAAAAAGCAGCAAAAGAAUAGUAAGGACUAAUACUCCAGCCAUAUCCUUAUUAUUCAACAAAAUGAAUAUACUGUAGCAAGAGACCUUGUUCUUUCACAUAGUGACUCAAAGCAACAUUCCCCAAGCUGUUUCAUGCAAAACUUGCAUUUCUUAAAAUGGAUUGAGAGAAACCUAGCACUUCACAACACUACCGAAGGAACCCGAAAAACAUUACCACGCUGUAAUACACUGUGCUAAUGAUGUAAUACAUCUAACUGGGCCAGCCAAUACAGUUGUGCAAAAUCAGCAGGGGGCAGUGUGUAUUAUCCUGGGCAGGGCUCCCCCUCAAGUAUAUGGUGAACCACUAGUGUAGCUAUGCAGCGUGAUGGUAUUUUGACACAUGGGUAUUACGUACUGCAGGAGCCAGUGGUGACUCUAGGAAUAAUAUAUAGGGGGGGGGGCACAUAAGAUACCACAGUCAAAACUUAUAGAUAUAAAUAAUACAUAUAUAUAUAUUACAUUGCACCAUUGUAAAUUUAAAAAGUUAAGAACAACGAGAAUUGGGUAAGACAAAAUAUGAAAAUCAUAAUUGUGAAAAAUGAAUUGGUGUACAUGCAACCCUAUCCCUUAUGUAUGAACAUAACCCUUAACUAUUUACUGUAUAUACAGUACCUUACAAUGCCAUCUGCCUUCUAUUUAAUGCCUGCUGUGCUUAUGAUGAUCUGUAGUAAGUAAAAAUUAAAAUCUGUUUUUGUGCAGUAAAUCAGCCAUGUAUACACAGUAAUGAAUGUGCUAUUUAUCUGUGUACUGCCACUGCCAGUAAUAUACAUGCUAUCUGUGUACUGCCAGUGAUGUACAUGAGUAUUUAUAGCUCACAUAUCUCUACACUGUAUUAUGAUGACAUUGUGUGUGUUAACUUACAGCCACAGGUGGUAUUUAGGGAUUUAGUGCGGCGGGGCUUGGCCAGGACCGGCUCUUGGAGCAGAGGGCUAUCCAUUGUGAGCAUGGCUGGGGACAGCACUCUAUGACCGUGUUAGUUUCCUUUUCCAGACUUGUAACAUAGAAAUUAAACUCAGAGCUGCAGAUCUGCUUAAAAAUCAAUACAAUAGUUACCGACCUGGAAUGUGCAGCUUACCUAGCAUGGACGCUGUUAAAUACCGCUGCCUGGCUGUACUUAUUUAGCAAGCAUCUGCUGCAACUCAUGCUCCCUCUGCCCUGUAACAACAGCAGCUUCCUGUUUGUAGCACCUGAGGGAGGAAGUGCAGCAGAUAAAUGGCUGUUAGGGCAGGCGGCAGGCAGGGGCGUGUUAACAGCGGCUGUACAGUUUGGAAGGCAAAAAAAAAACUUAAGCCCUGCUGCAGUCAGCAGGGGGCAAACGGGGGAGCAAAGAAUAAACAGGGGGGGCAGUUGCCCCCCCCCCUCGCCUCCCUCAACAGACGCCUAUGGCAGGAGCCCUGCUCAGGAUUAUACACACUGCCCCCUGCUCAUAUUGCACCACUUAAUUGACUGGCCAAGUUAGGAAAGCAGCAUUGUGGAAUGUGCACAAUUUAUGACUUGUAUCCACUUAGGAGCCGGACCAUUUUUGUUUCAGCACCCUGGGUAGCGCUUGCUGAUGGGUGGUAACAUUUAGUCACCAAUCAGCAAGAGCUACCCAGGUGCUGAACCAAAAAUAGGCCAGCUCCUAAGCUUACAUUCCUGCUUUUCAAAUAAAGAUACCAAAAGAACGAAGAAAAUUUUAUAAUAGGAGUAAAUUAGAAAAUUGCUUAAAAUUGCAUGCUCUAUCUGAAUCAUAAAAUAAAUAAAUUGAGUUUCAUAUCAUAUAAAAUUGUUCAGCAUAUACUGUGGUGGUUAUUGGUACCAGAAUAUUUUUUUUAAAAAAGUGGCGGACGGCCUUUUAAAAUAAUUUUAUUAGAAGACAAAUAUAGGCAUGAAAAUGAACAAUUGCCUACAAGCUACAAAAGUAUUAAAAAAACCUUCAAGAAAAUACCAGAAGCUACAACAUCCAGUCCAAAUUAUACAGGGCAACUCUUGCCUAAAUAAACCCAGGUUAAACAAUACUACUAACUAAACAUAGUAAACCAGAUAAUCUAUCCCAAGAAGAAAACACACUAAAGAUAAUAUACUUAGCUAGUUCAGUCCUCCAGUGUGCCCUCUCUCUAAGAUCAAUUGCUUACAGGAGGUGAGGAAGGAAAAAUACUGUGUAUAGUAACUGUUGACCCCCAUUGUAUACUUAAUUUACUUAGGUGUGUUCUACCAUACACCAAUAACAUGGGAGUGUCCUUCUUAGUCAAAGACUAGGCCAAAGCCUAUUGUAUAGUUACUUUUUUGCACAGUAUAGUUUAAGAAUUAAUUAUGUGAAUAUUCCAGGGAUAAAUUCUCUGGUUUUAUGACACCACAUAUACAAGUUACAUAUCCAUACUAAACAUAUCCAAACUAAAUUAUUUCCUACUAAGGGGCCCAUUUAUCAAGCUCUGGAUGGAGCUUGAGGGCCCGUGUUUCAGGCGAGCCUGCAGGCUCGCCAGAAACAGCAGUUAUGAAGCAGCGAUCUAAAGACCGCUGCUCCAUAACCUGUUCGCCUGCUCUGAGCAGGCGGACAGACAUCACUGCAAUUCAACCCGAUCGAGUACGAUCGGGUUGAUUGACACACCCCUGCUGGCGGCCAAUUGCCCGCGAAUCUGCAGGGGGCGACGUUGCACCAGCUGCUGGUGCAAUGCUGAAUACGGAGAGAGAUCAGGUCCACCAUACCUUUGAUAAAUAUCCCCCUAAGACUCACAGACAAUAAAAUGAAUCAAUAUCGAAAAUCCUAACUUCUCCUUCAUUUCCUCACCCACUUUCUAGAUUUAUUAUUUUGUAUUUUCAUAUAUCGUGUAUGACGUUGUACUCCUUCAUCUAGCCUAAUCUUUGUAAAUAGAUCUUUAUCAAUUGUAUUGGAAAUGUUUAAAUCUGAAUUUUAUGACUUUUUCAGAUAUUUUGCAAUGCAUACUUACUGUGUUUUCUUACAAUUUAAAAUAUAAUUUAAAAAAAUAAAUAAAAAUUCAGAGCAAACAGUUAAGAUACGUUGAGGUAAAAUGCGUGUUCAUGUGAAAGUGUUUUUUUGCUGGAUUGGAAUAAUCUGUCAAAUUCUGUUAGUGCAAAGUAUUGCUGGAGUUCACAUAAUCUAAGGUUACACAAUAUCUAAUAAAUUACUUUACUUUCUAA